CUUUCUCUGGGGGUGCCCUUGCCUUGGAGACGUAAACCAGGUGCCCACCCUCUCCCACACCCCCAAUACGUCACCAAGCCGAUGCAGUAGCCACAAGAGCUCGCCGGUUGCAGCGCAUUUCGUCUGGUUACGCAGGUUUGUUAUUGCGCCAGAGUACCCAAUAAGUACCAAAAUAUACCCGAUCCGGACUGUGCGGAGCAGCACCGUGGUCAGUUAGCCACUUAACAAGGAUUGGGAGGGUUUCAGUCCCCAGUGAUACGACGAAUUGGGCGCUAAUUUAUAAAGUGGGUCGUUUCCGGAUUGUAAAGUUUUACCGGUUUCCUGAAUCCCCAAAAAAUGGAAUCCGGAGGCAAGCAAAUAACAGCACAGCUAAUAUUUUGUGUGUCUGUGGCAGUAAUCGGGUCUGUGCAGUUUGGAUAUAACACAGGUGUCAUCAAUGCACCCCAGACGGUGAUUGAAAGCUUUUUGAAUCAAACAUGGUAUCGACGUUAUGAACAGUAUAUCAGCAGUUCAACUCUUACAACACUAUGGUCUCUUGCAGUUUCCAUUUUCUCUGUGGGAGGCAUGAUCGGAUCAUUCUCUGUGGGCUUGUUUGUCAACCGGUUUGGCAGACGGAACUCCAUGCUUUUCGUCAACAUCCUUGCUUUCAUAGCUUCUGCUUUGAUGGGACUUUCAAAGAUAGCUAAUUCCUUUGAAAUGCUGAUAAUUGGAAGAUUUAUCAUUGGCCUUUAUUCUGGGCUUUCCACUGGAUUUGUGCCAAUGUAUGUAGGUGAGGUGUCACCGACUGCUCUCCGCGGUGCUUUAGGAACACUUCAUCAGCUUGGAGUUGUUAUUGGUAUUCUCAUCGCACAGAUAUUUGGCAUUGAUUCUUUAAUGGGCACUCCUGAUCUCUGGCCAGUACUCCUUGGCUUCCCAUUCAUUCCUGCAAUAAUCCAGUGUGUUGCCCUGAAAUUCUGCCCUGAGAGCCCAAGGUUUCUGCUGAUUAAUCGAAAUGAGGAAAAUAAGGCAAAGAGUGUUUUGAAGAAACUUCGUGGUACAACAGAUGUCACUAGUGACCUCCAGGAAAUGAAGGAAGAAAGUCGUCAAAUGAUGCGAGAAAAGAAAGUCACUAUCCUUGAGCUGUUCCGCUCCCCUCUGUAUCGUCAACCCAUUAUCAUCGCUAUUGUGCUACAGCUGUCCCAACAGCUGUCAGGAAUCAAUGCAGUAUUUUAUUACUCCACUAGUAUUUUUAUUAAGGCUGGCGUGCAGCAGCCCGUUUAUGCCACUAUUGGUGCUGGAGUGGUGAAUACAGCGUUCACAGUAGUAUCGUUGUUUGUGGUGGAACGUGCUGGUCGCAGAACUUUACACCUUCUUGGUCUUGGUGGAAUGGCAGCCUGUGCUGUCCUGAUGACUGUUGCCCUUAAAUUGCUGGAAACUGCCCCAUGGAUGUCUUAUGUUAGUAUUAUUGCCAUCUUUGGUUUUGUGGCAUUCUUUGAAAUUGGACCAGGUCCUAUCCCAUGGUUUAUUGUUGCUGAGCUCUUCAGUCAAGGUCCUCGCCCAGCUGCCAUUGCUGUUGCUGGUUUGUCAAACUGGACAUCAAAUUUCAUUGUGGGAAUGGGUUUCCAAUAUGUUGAGCAACUAUGUGGGGCAUACGUCUUCAUCAUCUUUACAGUUUUAUUGGUCAUAUUCUUAAUUUUUACCUACUUCAAAGUACCAGAGACCAAAGGAAGGACCUUCGAUGAAAUUGCCAAAGGUUUUCGUCAGGGUGGUGGCAGUGGUGAGGCUGUUUCAGAGAAGCAUGAAGAACUUAGAAGCCUUGAUGCCAACUCUCAAGUUUAGAAACAUUUACAUAGACGUUACACUUUGUUUUACAGUUUAUUUACCUGUUUGUUUUUUAAAGACUGAGAACUUUGUGUGUCUUUGUGUGUUUUGUCUGCCCACACUACUGAAGAGUCAGUAACAUUUCCAGAUGAGUGUCAUAGGGAUGAAUCCACAUUUUAAAAGGCUGGUGCCUAAGGUGUCAUCACAACUGCCAUUUUAUAGUGUGUUUAUGUAUGUGCGUGUGUUUGUGAUUGUGGAGGCGGGUAUUAAAAGAUGUUAUAAUAAAGGACAGGGUUUGCACGAUCAGCAUAUUCGUGUAAAAGUUGCAGAAUUGCACUCUCAUUACAUGCGGUUUAAAUCAUUUUUACCAUUUGUGCCUCUUGCUUUAUGUGGUCAGUGCUGCUGCUACUGCUGUGUGCAAAGUACAUGUCACGCUUGUCCCAAAAAACGUGCACUGAUAAACGUUUGUAGUAGGAAGUGGUAAAGGGGACUUUAUGUUUAUAAAAUAAUUUAUGUGCUGCUUGAUUAUAUUCAGAAUGCAUACACAGAACUACUGUAAAGAAAAUUCUGCAUUCUAAUCAUGUAAAAGAAAGCACAGGUGUAUUUUCAGGAUGGCAGUGGAGUUAGCUGCAUGAGCUUAUUAACUGUGUCUCUUUGUGUCAUUGUACUUAUCAAGCAUGAUCAUUUUUUAACAGUAUCAGACUAUCUCCAUAUUGGAGACCUUACAGCUGAAGAAGUCACUUGGGAGGUAUACAUUUGCAUUAUAAAUAGUUUCAUGCCACUGUCUGAAAUACAAAAAAACUUAAUUGUAACUGCGCAUAUGUAACAUGAGAGGUGUGAGGGAUUCAAUCUGUCCUGCAGCUUGUGGGUUUUGGAAAUUCAUUUUUGUCUUAUAUCUUCACCUAUGAAGUUUCCCAGCAUUUGAUAUAAUGUGGUGAUUACCGUUAUGUUAAUACAUAUUUCAGUAGCUAGCUGAAGGUCUGGAAUCAGUGCAUGGACACCAUAAGGGUAUUUGCAUCAUCUCCUAUACAUAACCAGGAAAAUUUCUUAGAUGUCCAUGAUAUCCUCGUAAUGAUCUGAGGGGAAAAAAGAAA